ACCAGCAGUGAAAUAGUGCGGACCAUGCUGCGGAUGAGCGAGGUCACCACGUCCUCCAGCGCGCCCUACACCCAGCCCCUCUCCUCCAACGAGAUAUUCAGAUCUCUUCCAGCUGGAUACAACAUCACAAAGCAAGUUCUGGAUCAAUAUCUCACCCUCUUAGCAGAUGACCCGCUGGAGUUUGUGGGUAAAUCCGGGGACAGCGGCGGGGGCUCGUUCACUGUCAAUCUUCACAAGGCCUGGGCAUCUCUGGCCACAGCCACCCUGGAGUCCAUCGUGGAGGAGAGAUUCGGUUCCCGCUGCGCCAGGAUCUUCCGUUUGCUCCUGAGAAAGAAGCAUUUGGAGCAGAAACAAGUGGAGGACUUUGCAAUGAUCCCAGCCAAGGAGGCCAAGGACAUGCUCUACAAAAUGCUGUCGGAGAAUUUCGUGUCCCUGCAGGAGAUUCCCAAGACCCCGGACCACGCGCCGUCCCGCACGUUCUACCUCUACACCGUGAACGUCCUGUCCUCCACGCGGAUGCUGCUGCACAAGUGCUACAAG